AUGUAUAACCACAAAAUUAAGUUGUGGUGCAUGCAAGUUGAACCUUUCAUUUAACAGGUUAAGGUUUAUCUCACAUUCAUCCUAUAUUGUGAUUAACCAAUUCAUAUUAUAUGGUGUUGCCGAUUAAGCAAUUCAUAUCAAGUUUUCUAGAGUCCUCCAUCACUCAUUUCCAAACUUGUAUAUAUAUCACAAACUAAACGUAUUUACUUCAUAAAAAAACAAGCACCAACACUUGACCUCUCGACAGAAAAUGUCACAGACUUUAUCCUCAAAUUUGGGUCUUAAUUACCAAGCCAUAAUUUCCAAGAGUUCAUUGAAACCAACUCACUUCCCUUCAUUGCAAAAACUGAAACCCCUCAGAGCCAUGACAGGCGACGCAAGAGAAAAACUGGACCAUGUCUCAAGUUCAAGCAACAAACCGCACCAACCUCAACCCAAAAAGAGACUUGUUCCUUCCACACCCAUAUGGGAUAAUCGAUUUCCUACGGCGAAAACAGUACAAGAGAUGAUGGAAACAAUGGAAAGAAUGAUGGAAGAUCCAUUUGCAAUGAGCACAAUCGAGUGGCCUUCGUCACCUCUACCGAGUGAAGGAGUAGGUGGGUAUAGAAGGAGGGGAAGAGCACCGUGGGAGAUUAAAGAAGGAGAAGGAGAAUACAAGCUGAGGUUUGAUAUGCCUGGUAUGAACAAAGAGGAUGUGAAAGUGUGGGUGGAAGAGAAGAUGGUAGUGGUUAAAGCUGAAAAAGCAUCCAAAAAGAAGAAGAACGAAGAAGAAGAUGAAGAAUGGUCUUCAAAGAGCUAUGGUAGGUAUAGUAGUAGAAUUGCCUUGCCGGAGAAUGUGAAGUUUGAGAAUAUUAAGGCUGAGGUUAAGGAUGGUGUUCUUUACAUAACCAUUCCUAAGGUUAUUAGCAGCUAUUCCAAAGUUAUGGAUAUCACUCUUCAAUGAUCCACAUUUUUCUAUAUUAUUUUUAGUUAUUGUUUAGAUUUUUUUUUAAUAUUUAGAUUUGGGUAGAGUUUUCCUCU